AUGGCCCAAUUCGUUCCAUCUCCGGCAACUGUGUCAGCAGAAACGACUGGCCACGCUCCAGACGAUGCAGACGCUCAAACGAGGCUGCCUUCAAUAUGCGUUGAUUAUCUCAGCCACGAAUGGGAUGAGGAGGAUGUUUGGACAAGCUGGAGAUCAAUGACAAAGCAUAAGAAUGAUAUUUCAAAUGGUAUUCGAUUAGAGAACGCUAGUUGGAGAACUUGGUGGAAGCAACGGAAUAAACUGAAGACUAUUAGCCCUGAGACUUUGAAUUGGCUCAAAGAUAGUGACGUUACUUGGCUAUAUGGUCCACUACACACCGCUGUCGAUCCAGUUCCAAAACCAAAAGCAUCCACUUUAGAGGAUCACAUCGAUUUAGAUCAAGGUCAUGGUACAAAACCCAUCUUGAAGCAUCGCACUAUAUCUGAGUUACUAACGAUGCCUUCCCAACAAUCCCCUUCAAUUGAUGCUAUACCUGAUGAUGAUCAGUCUGAUGUUCCUUCUGACUUUCAGUCUGAUACUAGCCCUGGUUCCUCCGUCGCUGCUUCCCCUACUGAGCCCAAGAGACCAAAAUUCCAAGUGUCUCACUCUGAACCUUUGAUAAAAGCUGCUUUACACAACAGUGACUCUGUCAAUCAACAGUACAAUGAAUCUGAAUCUUCAAAGCACAUGACACCUAAUCCUACUACCUCCGACGGUGACGCCAGCAACAGCUCUGGUGCCAGCAAGAGACAUAUCACUUUUAACAACUUUGUUGAACAGAGAAUUUCCUUGGACGAACCAGAACGUGUUGCAGAAGAUCCCAUCGCUUCCCCCAACGAAGAAAAUUUUUCAAGUGAGGAUGAAGGUUUAACUUUUAGGAGCAGAUCUACGUCAAACAAUAUAUCUUCCAAAUCCAGGACAAGGUCAUCUAGCGUAGCCUCCGACUUAUCCUCGAUACCUGCACCUGAUCACAUUACCAUUGCGGAAAUUGAACCUACUCAAUUGAAAACGAAUCCACAUGGUUCAGAUGAUGAGGAUAAUGAAUAUGAUGUAGUUCCAGAGGCUCCAGGUGAUAGCAAUCCAGAUUAUGUUCCAACUGCUCGCAGGUCUUCUUUCUACAACAACUCCUCAGAUGAAGACAGCCCUGUUUCACAACCAUCAGCCGCACUUCGAGCUGAACCUCCUUUAGCCUCACCUGCCCAUGGUUUUCAUCCGGGUGCAUGGGAGGAUAAUGACGAAUUCGAUUAUUUUACUGGAAGAUUUGAUGACUUUGAUGAUGAUGAUGAUGAUGACAAGGAGAUUGAAGAUAUAAGCCAACAACCACCAAGCACACAAAGCACACAAAGCACACAAAGCGCUCAUCAGCAACCGACAGUACGUAAAGGUGUAUUGAAAAAGACACCAAGCUUUGAUAAGAAUAUUGCAUCAGCAGCUGCAGUACCUUCAACCUCAGUUGGACCUGGACCCUCUGAAGAGCGUGGUAGACGACUCUAG